GUUUCACUCAAAAUAUGUUUGAUCCGCAACACUUGAACUUUAAAGUAUAAAUCUGCUUGAUCUGCAACACUAAACUUUAAAGUAUAGUAGCACAAAAAAAAGACACCCUGUUGACACUAGUCAUCACUCUCUCUUUUGCUCUUGUUCAUCAAAUGUUUUUUUUACCUUCAUCUUUCCACAAAACCCAUCAAUCCAUCAUUCUUAAUCCUGAAUUCCACAAAAAGAACAGAUGCAAAAACUCUGUCAAUGGAAAAUGACUCUUCAUCAAUGUGGGCAAAACAAGAGAUUAAGAAACACACGAGCAAUGAUUGUUCCAAAUUCUAUCUGCCACUCAAGUAUUAGCAGCAGGAAUGAACCUAAAACGUAAUUAACAAAUGUUUUUACAACUCGAUGUAGAUUGAUAGAGCACUGUUCCUAAUUGAUUUUGGCAAGAAAGAGAUAUGUUUCUUGAGUAAAGGGGAAAAAGCUUGGGACUCUAGCUUCAAGGGGGGUUAAAGGCUUCCAACACAAACACAAGAGUAUAAUAAGAGGAUUACAUAUGUAUUUAAUACAAGAACAGACGUGCUAACAGAAUCAGGAUACAACAAACAAGAUGUGAACUCACGUGACUAGAAGAACACAAUAGAGUUUACAGAAAAUGGUUUAAUUGAUAUAAGCAUUCGAUUCAUAAACACACAACAACAAGAACAAACAUUCUGUAUUACACAAUGUAACCAUUUCUGUUGCACAAUCUAAUGUUUUGGAUCUCGUUCAAUGGCCAGAAUCAGAUGAAGCAGACGAGGGCUUGUAUCUGUGAUCAUCUUGUACGAUCUGACACCAUGCUGGUACACGAUAAUUCACCACUAAAAGCAAACACAAUGCCUGGUAUUGCUGAUUGGUAAUGAUGGUGAUGAUGAUAAUGAUGGUGAUGGAGAUCGUUGGUAGUAAUGGACUGAUGAUAAUGAUGAUCGUUGGUAGUAAGCUUGAAAGAAGCUUGAGAAUUGAGAAGGAAGCAAUCCGAAUCCUAGUUGUGUUAAGAUUAUAAAUACAUAAUGACGAUGUGUUUUAGGAGAUAUAUUUAUGAUUACUUAUCGGAUUUUGAGUUGUGUGUGUAUGAUUAUUUAUGAUUUACUUAAGGUUUUGAGUAUUUUCCUUAAGAGAGAUUAAUAAGAGCAACUCCAUCCGUAGAUCUUAGAGGAGGCACUAAAGUAAUUAAGGGAAAAAAUUAAAUCAUAAAUGGUUUUAUUAGGUAGGAGCGCUCCUUUAUUAGGUGAUUUAAGGAGCGGUAAAGAUCCCAGACGUGGCAGCAAGGGGUUGGCUGGGUCAUUUAAGACGAAAGGUCUCGUUUACGGUUUGUCUUUUUUUUUUUUUUUCAUCUUCGAUGUCAUCGACAUCUCUUCCUCCUCUCUCUCUCGAAAUUUCCUUGACCAUGAUUGAUCCGUUUUUUGUCUGUGAUUAUGUCGUUUUCUUGUGUGAUAUCGUCUAAAUCCUAUCACCGGGUCUUCCUUCCUCGUCGAUUCUGUCGGAAUCUCCAACGGAGAAAACGUUUGAUUCGUUUCACCCACUUCGUCGAUGUUCUCCUCCGGACUCAUCCAUGCAAUCAGCACAAAGGAAAGAUCGAUGGGGAAGUGGUGGUUUGAAGUCGUGAGGAACGGACUAUGAUGAUGAAGAGAGUAUCUUCCGACAACUGUGGAUACGGUAUUGGUGGUCCAAUCCGACAAAGGUCAUUCCUUUACGCUGUUUUAUUUGAUGAUUUAAAAUUUUAUAAGAGUUUUUCUUGAGUUAGAAGUUUGAGUAGACUUUUGUGUUGAUUCAAAACAGUUGAUUGAUUAAAUCUUCAUUGUCUUAAUUGUGAACUAAGAAGUGUCUUGUGUUUUGAUUUCAAACACAGUUGGAGCUGCGUGGGAGACAGUAAAUGAGAGCAAAGAGACAGUAAAUGAGAGCAUGGAAGACAAAGGUCUUGCAGGGAGCAGCAAGAUACAGAGGUCACACAAAGACGUCAAACCAUCGAUCUUUAAGUUCAUAGGACAAUGAAGAAGAAGGUAGUGGGAGACUGAUACAACCGGCAAAAUCAAAAGAAGAAAGCAAUGGCUUAUGAAACAAAGAACAAAAGAAAAAGAAGUGAGUGGCAUGUGACAGAAACACACCAAAAGAAAAAGAAAGCUUGCAGUGGCAUGUGACACAAACAAACACCAAAAGAAAAAGAAAGAGAAAAACAAAGCUUGCAGUGGCAUGUGACACAAACAAACAAACACCUCUUCUUCCUUUAUAAAGAGUAGAUGUAAUUAAAAACGCCCAAGUGCCAUAUGUAUUCUGUUUUCUCAAACGUUUGAUGCUUUGUAAAUCAUAUUGUCCUUUACCAUUUUCCAAUUAAAGAGUUGAGUUACUUUGUCUCUCUUAUCAAUUUCUCUCUUACCAUUUCUCUCUUAUAAUUUCUCUUUAAAAUGGCUUCUUCUUCUUCUCAUGAUCUUGAUAACAUGAUGGAUGAAACAUUUGAUCAACUUUUAGAGCAACAAUUCGAACAACUUUCCAUCCACUACGAAGAACGUUAAAAUGCAUCAAGGUCCAAAAAAAAGAGAGCCUACGUUGAAAGACAACGAGAACAAGGACACAUGCAGUUAUGGAACGAUUAUUUUAGUGAAGAUGCAACAUAUCUUUCUCACAUGUUCCGACGCCGUUUUAGAAUGAACAAGCCCUUGUUCAUGCGUAUUGUUGAUCGACUCUCCACUGAAAUCCCAUACUUUCAUCAAAGAAGAGAUGCUACUGGAAGGUUCGGCCACUCUCCAUUACAAAAGGCAACGGCAGCAAUACGUAUGAUGGCAUAUGGUUGCCCAACUGAUGCGGUCGACGAAUAUCUCCGACUUGGUGAGACCACGGCGCUUUUAUGCUUGGAACAUUUUGUUCAAGGAAUCAUAAAUUUAUUUGGAGCUGAGUAUCUAAGAAGACCCACGCCAGAAGAUCUUCAACGACUACUCGAUAUUGGCGAGAUACGCGGAUUUCCCGGGAAGAUAGGAAGCAUUGAUUGUAUGCAUUGGGAGUGGAAGAAUUGUCCGACCGCAUGGAAAGGUCAAUAUACACGUGGAUCAGGAAAGCCAACAAUUGUUUUAGAGGCUGUAGCUUCAGCAGAUCUCUGGAUAUGGCACGCGUUUUUCGGACCUCCAGGUACAUUAAACGAUAUCAAUGUUCUUGAUCGAUCACCAGUUUUUGAUGAUAUAUUACAAGGUCGAGCUCCAAACGUUAAUUACAUUAUCAACGGACACGAGUACCAUUUGGCUUACUAUCUCACAGAUGGUAUUUAUCCAAAAUGGGCUACUUUUGUCCAAUCUAUUCCACUUCCGCAAAGUCCGAAAGCAACCUUAUUCGCUACGCAUCAAGAAGCUGUACGUAAAGAUGUCGAGCGUGCUUUUGGGGUCAUGCAAGCUCGCUUUGCCAUUGUCAAAAAUCCAGCUCUUUUGUGGGAUAAAAUAAAAAUUGGCAAGAUAAUGCGAGCAUGCAUCAUUCUACAUAAUAUGAUCGUAGAAGACGAACGAGAUGGGUACACUCAGUUUGAUGUAUCAGUUUUUGCACAACCGGAAUCAAACCGAAGUUCACAAGUGGAUUUUACAUAUUCUACAGAUAUGCCUUCAAAUCUCGGGAAUGUGAUGAAUAUGAUGAGCAGUCGGAAUCAAAUACGUGAUAACAAAAUACAUCAACGAUUGAAAGCUGAUUUGGUAGAGAAUAUCUGGCAAAAUUUUGGAACAAAUCAAGAUUUCAACUAAUCGGUGUUUUCUCGUUUACGAUUUGUAUUUGUAUUUUUAAUAUGCUUUUAUGUAAUUUCUUUUUAAAAUUUCAUGUAUGUUUUUAUUUUAAAUCAUUUUACUUAAAAAAAAUUUUAAGAACCCCAUAGGGGUUCUCCCAAUGGAGGAAAAAAAAAUUAUCUCCACUAACUAAGGUCCUAAACUUGUCAAGUCACAUUAUAUAUUCUUAAUUUAAACAUUAGGACCUCUAGUGUUUAAACCGCUUGAUCCGCUAGUGUUUCAUUUGAUCCAUCUGAUCCGCUUUAGUUUCACUCAAAAUAUGUUUGAUCCGCAACACUUGAACUUUAAAGUAUAAAUCUGCUUGAUCCGCAACACUAAACUUUAAAGUAUAGUAGCACAAAAAAAAAGACACCCUGUUGACACUAGUCAUCACUCUCUCUUUUGCUCUUGUUCAUCAAAUGUUUUUUUUACCUUCAUCUUUCCACAAAACCCAUCAAUCCAUCAUUCUUAAUCCUGAAUUCCACAAAAAGAACAGAUGCAAAAACUCUGGCAAUGGAAAAUGACUCUUCAUCAAUGUGGGCAAAACAAGAGAUUAAGAAACACACGAGCAAUGAUUGUUCCAAAUUCUAUCUGCCACUCAAGUAUUAGCAGCAGGAAUGAACCUAAAACGUAAUUAACAAAUGUUUUUACAACUCGAUGUAGAUUGAUAGAGCACUGUUCCUAAUUGAUUUUGGCAAGAAAGAGAUAUGUUUCUUGAGUAAAGGGGAAAAAGCUUGGGACUCUAGCUUCAAGGGGGGUUAAAGGCUUCCAACACAAACACAAGAGUAUAAUAAGAGGAUUACAUAUGUAUUUAAUACAAGAACAGACGUGCUAACAGAAUCAGGAUACAACAAACAAGAUGUGAACUCACGUGACUAGAAGAACACAAUAGAGUUUACAGAAAAUGGUUUAAUUGAUAUAAGCAUUCGAUUCAUAAACACACAACAACAAGAACACACACUCCGUAUUACACAAUGUAACCAUUUCUGUUGCACAAUCUAAUGUUUUGGAUCUCGUUCAAUGGCCAGAAUCAGAUGAAGCAGACGAGGGCUUGUAUCUGUGAUCAUCUUGUACGAUCUGACACCAUGCUGGUACACGAUAAUUCACCACUAAAAGCAAACACAAUGCCUGGUAUUGCUGAUUGGUAAUGAUGGUGAUGAUGAUAAUGAUGGUGAUGGAGAUCGUUGGUAGUAAUGGACUGAUGAUAAUGAUGAUCGUUGGUAGUAAGCUUGAAAGAAGCUUGAGAAUUGAGAAGGAAGCAAUCCGAAUCCUAGUUGUGUUAAGAUUAUAAAUACAUAAUGACGAUGUGUUUUAGGAGAUAUCUAUUUAUGAUUACUUAUAGGAUUUUGAGUUGUGUGUGUAUAUGAUUAUUUAUGAUUUACUUAAGGUUUUGAGUAUCUUCCUUAAGAGAGAUUAAUAAGAGAGUUUUUAUUUGUGAGUUCUUAAGUUCCGGUACAAUAGAAGCUCGGCGAGGUUAUUUAAUGGCGGAUUUAGCUUUCUUGACAAGCCAAUCAACGCUUGCUCUGAGUCUAUCUCGUAGAAAUGAAUCGCCGUUGAUGCUGAGAGGCUCACGCGCCAGUCACGUGGUCCUUUGCAGUACAAAAUUUGUUGUACAAUGUUUUCUUCUUCAACCUACGUUAUCUCGCCAUUUAAUGGAGAGUCUGACCAAUCAUUAAAGCUACAUCCAAUUAAGAUUCUGUCUAAAUGGAAAUUUUCUUAUUUAUUCUUAUUUUCAAUGGAAAACUUGGUGGCCAAGUUCCGUGCUCUGUAUUUAUAGAAGGAUUUAGGUGGAGAUAAUGUGAACAUCUCUCCAGUUCCCGUUCUUCCUUCUUAUUAUUUAUUUUGUUUAAUUUUCGCUAAGAACAUUCAUGUCUCUCCUUCUCGGCUACUCCCCGAAGCUCUUCAUUCGGAAACCAGUGUUGGUAAGAGCCUCUGCUGGCGGCUCAUCUCCCCUGGUGCAGACCCCUCCUUGUUACGUCAAGGGAGCUGAUCCUUGUGGGGCGGAUCACGUAUUACUCGAUUAUUCAUACUUUAUGAAAAAUCGUCCUAUAUUGAUAAAAAAGGCGCCUGAGGAGUUGGUGUAUAACGAUGCAGAGGUAACAACAAUCGGGUCCUCUCAUGGCUGGGUAGCCUCUUUGAUGCAUGGCGUUGGCAUUUUGCGUCUUCAUGAUGAUCUAAACCCGGUUGCAUCUGAUGCAAAUCCAAAAUGCAUCACGUUGCCUCCUCUUGUAACUUUGCCUCAAUGCCAAACCCAAAUCAUCACCAACGUGUCCUUGUCCUCACUAUCUCCAGAGGAAGAAGAUUGUGUCGUGGCUGUUAAGUUCAUGGGACCCCAACUCAGCUACUGCCGACCCUCUGCUCAAGGCAACUCCAAGUGGUUCAACAUCAGGAUCACAAACCCUUGCUUCUUCUCCUCCCGUCUCAUGUUUUCCAAGAGACAUAACAUGUUUUGCAUACCUGGAUCUGGAGGCCAACUCAUUGCAUCAUGGAAUCUCUGCAAAGACGAACACACACCCAAGAUUCAGGUGUUGCGAUAUGUUGACCUUCCCGAGCUGAGCGAAGCAGAACGUGAGGUUAUGGAUACCUGUUUCACCACCGAACACUUGGUGGAAUCGCCAUUAGGUAGAACCAUUUUGGUCAAGUGUUUCAGACAGACCGUGGACGGUACCAAUUUGAAAACAAAAGCUGUAUUGGUGUUCGAGGUAACCCCCAAGGGAAAUGCAUUCUACACCCGCCACCUUGGAAAUGUCACUAUUUUCAUCUCAAAGUCUGAGUCAUUCUCUGUCCGUGCUAGCUCUUUUCCUGGGGUGAGUCGUAACCAAGUCUAUAUCUUGGAUGACACCGAGAUUGUAUUAUUCAGCCUUGAUGAUUCUACCAUCUCAUCUUCUACUGAUAGAGUCGUGGCCCCUUACUUUUUCCCACCUCAAAAUAUAGAAUAUUAAGUUUGGGAUUGAGUCGAGUCUAGAGUCUGUCUUCUCUUUAAAAGCUUUCAGCCAUCAAAAUAUAAUCUGUUUUAGUUUACUCUAUGUGAAAAUAGAGUUCCAGCUAAAACAAAAUUAAUUAAUAUCUCAAUAAUUUACAACACUUGUGUUUUGUGAAAGGACCCAUAACUAAUGUGAUCGAUCUUCAAAGACCCAUCUUAUAUCUUCUCAUUUUUUUCUAUAUCUUUGGGGGUCCUCAAUUCUGAAUCUCAUCAAAUUAGAUCAAAUUUGGUUCUUCUAAUAAAUUACACAUCAAAAGUUGUAACUUCAAUGAUCAGUAUAAGAUAGAUGUACUGACAAGAUUGGGGACCAUUCAUUGUUUAAAGCUUACAAACUUUUUCCCCAAUUUUGGUUCCAUCAUUUUCUUACACUUUGAUAUGCUUUUUUUAUAAUUGAGUUCAUGUCUUCUUCUCAACAUGGGAUAGUUUCAAAGUCCUCCAAUAUAUUAUAGCAUAAAAUCAAACACAUUUUCAAUGAAAUUUAAUUAACAUUAACUCUAUUAUUUUAACAUUCUUAUGGAUGUCAAUAUGUUAUGGACGAGCUCUUCCUUUCAAGUUUCCUUUAUUUAGAUCAACAUGGGUCUCUGCAUGUUCCUAAUUGGGUUUGGCAAGAGAGAGAGAGAUAUUUCUUGAGUAAAAGGAAAAAAAGCUUGGGACUCUAGCUUCAAGUGGUGUUAAAGGUUUCCAACAGAAACACAAGAGUAUAA